CGUCUUCACAGCAGAAGUGGCAGCUGCUGCUGCUGCUACGCCACCCCCAGCCUCCCCAUGUAGCGGUCCUUUUUGUUCGUGGUCCUGGCCUGUCGCCGAAGAGCAAAAGCGCGUUGUUGAGGAGUGGCAUAGGGACAAUGUCUUUGACAUCAACGCCGAGCAUGCUAAGGACUUGCAAGAGUUGGAUGCUGACCAUCCUCUGUGUGGCGUGUACUACUUUAAUGUCCACGGCGUGUAUGACCUCGAAAACAAGUUUAAUAUGCAAACCCAUGCCCCCCGCCGACAAAACAGAUGCAAUGCUUUGCGACUUUGUCCUUCUCGUUCUCGACGAGGGCAGGGAAGGAGUCGUUCCCGAGCUGAAGACCCCUUGCUGACACCAGCAUCCGCUGUUCCACCAGCACCCGGCGGUGGCGAAGAUUACCAACGGCACGACGCGAGGCGGACAAAUUAUUUCGAGUUUGACGUGCCCGAGAAUAUGGAUCUCAUUUUCGCCAGUUUUCCAGGGCAUCCGUUCCCAACUUAUGAUGACCAAAUUCCGAAGGCUGCGGAGUACAGCCGCUAUUUGGGUCAUCUAAAAACAAGCAUGGUUACGUUGCAGAGCUUGGAGAAAGUAGCCGCGACUUCCGCAAUGCCAAUGAAGAAAAAAGGAAAAGAAGAAGCGCCACCUGAAGGCACAGCUCGAUCUACCACUAGUACCAGCACAGCUGCUAUGGCCGAGAGCAUUGCCAAGGCGCUGAAUGAUGGCUACAGUUUGGCUGGCCGCGGAAAAGGAAGUGCCCGUCUUUUUCGAAAUACGCACGUUAUUUUUGCCGCGAAGUUUGUCGAGCAGAGGAAUUUUCCACAUCUAAAGAAGUUUCUGCAAUUAAGCACGGGACUGUCAGCAGACGGAGAUGAGAAGUCGAAAUCCUGGGCCUGGCAUGUAGCCUCCAAAAGGCAGGGCAAUCAGCUGAUGCAGAUCCGAGCAGACGAAACAAAGAGCUGCGUUUACACAUGGAAACGGCUGCAAGCGUCGGGUAAAAUCGUUCCUGUCCAAUUCAUUGGCGUGCGGCGGGGAAGGUGCUGUUCUUCCGAGAGCAAAGGGCACUUUCACGAAGGAUGUCAAGUUAUACCUGUUCACUCUUCUCGACGCGCUUCAAUGGGUGGCCGACGCCCCUGGUUCAAGCCACUGUAA